AGAGUGCUGGCUCCAGUGCUCCGGAACGAAGCGCCCGCUGCAGCGGGAGGGGGGGUCCAGGCAGACGAGGCGCCGUGCGGCGAGGCUGUGCGGUGAGGUUGCAGGACGGCGCCUUCUGGCAGGCCAUGAGAGCGGUGAGCUUUGUCCUCGCUGUGCUGGCAGCCUCUGGGAAGGAUUCCACCCACAAGUUGCAAGAGGUUUCGCGCGCCGGGAAUGGCUCAGCGCCGGUGCCCUUCGAAGAUCUUGAACCCUUUGGGCGAGAGAACAAGGCGCAGGCCUUGACCGAAGCUGCCAUCAAGGAGAGCAACAAGAUGGUCGACCAGAUCGAGAAGGCGGAGGUGGCCGAAACCAAGCGGUCGGUCUUCCGUGCCCUGACGAGGCUGAGGGGCGCGGCGCUCCAAAGCUUCGAUGGCAUCGCCAAGACCCAGGAGUCCAACAUCGACACGUACACCCAGAACAGCAGCUAUCGGGAGAGGCACCCCGUGAAGCACCUUGCCAGCGAGGAGCAGGAUGUGAGCAAGUGGGCAUUCCCCACUAACGCCGACUGACUGAUUUCUGAGGAUGUGCAUGUCUCACCAAGUGGCCAAUGUGUCCUUUGACUAUAGGUGGGAAUGCUGAGGUUAUCCUGAUUGUUGUC